AUGACCUCACCAGGCCCAACGAUCGACAACUCCCUUGACGACAUCUUCGGCUCCUCGCCACCCCACGAACCCUCUCGGGCAAGCGCUGUCAAGGCGCUGAAUGUGCAGAGCGUGUUUGGGACCCUGGAAGAAGGUGGCGAGGACGAAGAGGGGAAACCGAGCCCGGAAACUCAGCUGGCGGGGAAGGGCGAUAGGGUUGUCUCGAAGUGGGAAGAUAGAGUUCUGGUUGCGCAUUGGGAGGAGAAUAUGGAUACUUUGCAGAUGAAGGAGGACGGCGUGGGUAAGGGCGAGAGCCAGAGCCAGGGUGUAGUGGCGGGUUCGCGCAGUUGA